AUUGUACAAUAGGAAAUUCGGAGAGGGGAUUUGGUGAAACGAGAUUGGGGGUAGACGUGACCAAAUUCACCUUCUGUACUCGUGAAGUAGACAGCACAGCAGCCAUGGGUCGUAAAUUUUUCGUCGGUGGUAAUUGGAAAAUGAAUGGAACCAAAAAUGAAAUAGAUGGUAUCGUUGCGUUUUUAAAAACUGGUCCUCUAGAUCCAAAUGUUGAGGUUGUUGUUGGAGUACCGUCAAUAUAUUUGACAUACGCGAAAAGUAUAUUACCCGAUAAUGUUGCCGUCAGUGCCCAAAAUACGUAUAAAGUAGCAAAAGGAGCAUUUACUGGAGAAAUCAGUCCUGCUAUGCUAUUAGACAAUGGAAUUCAUUGGGUAAUACUUGGCCAUUCUGAACGGAGAAAUGUCUUUGGUGAAAAUGAUGAAUUAAUAGCAGAGAAAGUAGCUCACGCUUUAGAUACAGGGUUAAAGGUAAUCGCGUGUAUCGGAGAAAAAUUGGAGGAGCGUGAGGCUGGUAAAACUGAAGAAGUAGUCUAUAGGCAAACCAAAGCUAUCGCGGAUAAGAUAAAAUCUUGGGAUAAUGUAGUUGUUGCCUAUGAACCAGUAUGGGCAAUUGGAACUGGAAAAACGGCCACUCCUCAGCAAGCUCAAGAAGUACACGAUAAACUGAGACAAUGGUUCUGUACUAAUCUGAAUCCAACAGUUGCUGAAAAUGUUCAAAUUAUUUACGGAGGAUCAGUGACAGCGGAAAAUGCGAAAGAUCUGGCAAAAGAAAAAGAUAUUGACGGAUUCUUAGUUGGAGGGGCGUCUUUGAAACCGGAUUUUGUAAAAAUUGUUAACGCCAAACAGUAAGAUCAGAUAUUCUCAACUAUAAAAGUAUUGUUUAAACUUAGAGAAAUUUCAAUGCAAUAAAAUAAAUUGCAGAUAAUGAUAUUUUAUUCUGUUCUUUAUCUAAAGAGUUUUCAGAGUAUACGUUUCGUGUAAAUAUUUAAUUAUCCGCAGCAUAAUAAAUGUUACAAUUAAA